AUGAACUCCUACAAGGUGUCGACCCUCAACGCUCCCACACGUCGACCCUCAACGCCUCCCACACGUCGACCCUCAACGCCUCCCACACGCCGACCCCCACGCCUCCCACACGCUCGACCCCCACGCCCUCACACGUCGACCCCCACGCCCCACACGUCGACCCCUAACGACCCCCACACGUCGACCCCACGCCCCCACACGCCGAUCCCCAACGCCCCACACGCUCGACCUCCAACGCCCCCACACGCCGACCCCCAACGCCUCCACACGCCGACCCCCAACGCCCCCCACACGUCGACCCCCAACGCCUCCCACACGUCGACCCCCAACGCCUCUCCCACACGUCGACCCCAACGCUCCCACACGCCGACCCCCAACGCCUCCCACACGCCGACCCCCAACGCCUCCCACACGUCGACCCCAACGCUCCCACACGCCGACCCCAACGCUCCCACACGCCGACCCCCACGCCUCCCACACGUCGACCCCCACGCUCCCACACGUCGACCCCCACGCUCCCACACGCCGACCCCAACGCCUCCCACACGUCGACCCCCAACGCCUCCCACACGUCGACCCCCAACGCUCCCACACGUCGACCCCCCACGCUCCCACACGUCGACCCCCACGCUCCCCCCACGCUCCCGACCCCCCGCCCCACACGUCGACCCCCACCGCGUCGACCCCGACGCUCACACGUCUGACUCCCACGUCGACCCUCACACGCCGACCCCCGACGCUCCCACACGUCGACCCCCGACGCCUCCCACACGCCGACCCCGACGCCUCCCACACGUCGACCCCGACGCUCCCACACGUCCCUCCCACACGUCGACCCCGACGCCUCA